AGUUUGGCGCGCCCAAAAGUGACUCCGCGUGCACCGCACGUGUUAAACUUCCUCCUGUAGGAGGAGGACGGAGGCGCGUGACGUCGCCGCGCGCACAGGCCCGGCAGGAGGACAAGCACGGGCGCGUCAGGACAGAAGAACGCACGCUGCAGCUGCACAGCAGCACCCAGCGCACGAAACAAACCGGCAGAACCGUUCGCACGGACGACGGCCAUAAUGCGGCACCGGAGCUGAUGUGCCGGAGUGCGCGCUGAGCGUGGACGAAGCGGCGGGUGUGUGUGUGUGUCUGGAUGUGGAAAUGUCCUCACCGAACGCAGAAGAGGACCACAAAUGGGCCCCGACGCACGUCCAGGUGACGGUGCUGCGGGGCCGGGGCUUACGGGGCAAAGGCAAGCACGGCACCAGCGACGUGUACGCCAUCAUCCAGCUGGGGAAGGAGAAAUACUGCACCUGCGUGGCGGAGAAGACCACCGAGCCGGAGUGGAAGGAGGAGUGCUCGUUCGAGCUGCAGCCCGGCGUGCUCGGCGGCGGUCAGAGCGCGUACCCGGCCGCCGGCGGCGAGCUGAUCCUGACCGUCAUGCACCGGGCGAUCAUCGGUCUGGACGUGUUUCUGGGACAGGCGGUGAUCCCGCUCCAGAAGGUCUUGCACGAGAGCGGAGGCGUGAAAAACGAGUGGUACAGGCUCAACUCCAAAACGGGGAAGAAGGAGAAAGAGCGAGGAGACAUUCAAGUCACUGUUCAGUUCACCAGAAACAACCUGACAGCCAGCAUGUAUGACCUCGUCAUGAAGGACAAAAGCAUCUCUACCUUCAGUAAGCUCAAAGAGCGUAUGAAGGGUAAGAAGAGGCCCAGUGAUGAGGACUCUUCAUCUGCUGUCCUUCCUAGUGGUUAUGGAUCUCUAUACCGAAUGCGGCAACGGUUGCCAAGCGAUGGAGGUGGAGAGGAGGAUUAUGAAGACGACGAAGGGGGUGAGGCCCGGCGCAGCAAGAUGAGGAACUUCUUCCUGAGAGGGAAGUUGCGAAAGUCGUCAGACACGCGCUCCAGCACCUCUCUCGGCUCGGAGAGCAGCGAAUCCUCUUCACGGGGCGGGAGCCUCAGCCCCACGGCCGGCAUCAGUGUGGUGGUUUCUGAUCUGUCCAACUCGCCGAGUAACAGCAGCAACCUAACGGCAGAUAACAGUCCCGAACACACAGCAAGCACGUCACCCAAAGCAUCCUCUCCAAAAUGUGAGUUCAGAGAAGAGACUGGGGAGCUCACCAUCACAGUGCCUCAGCCUCCUGUGUACAUUAAUGGUAGCCAUGGCAACAACAUCCAGGUUCCGCAUCCAGGCUCAGGAAAAGCUGCAGGUUCUUUAGGACUGGGACUGCUGCAGAAGCCUUUGCCUCUGUCCAUGUCUCUACAGAACCUCAGCCCAUGGGCCUCCACAGACCUUCCCAAAGGCCAAGUUGGAGACGGACGCCGUUGGUCCUUUGACAAGCCCGACGAGGAGGAGAAGGCUGCCAUAGCGGCAGCCCUGGAGCAAAGUGGCCCAAUGCUGAGUGAAGAAGAGGAGCGCUCGGGAGACACUGCCUCUCUCCAGGUGUCCUCCUCCUCAUCCACGGCAGAGUCAGAGAGUCAGGUGAAGAAAGAGAGGAGGAACUUGUUUUCACAUGGAAAAUUCCGGUCGAAGGACGAGUCGGAGUCUGCUCCUGCUGUCACUGAGGAGAAACACAAGGGAUGGUUUGGAUCGAAAGACCACCACAGCAAACCCAGCCUGGUGGUGUUACUUAACAACUUAGAGCCCAGCAUUGACCCCCAUGACUCCCUGGUCUCACCACUACAUCACACUAACCCCUUCGGCCACUUUCAGACCACACCACCCCCCUUAUCCCCUUGCAACCCUUUCUUUUCCCUUCUCCUGCAAAAUCCUUUCUAUGGAGACAUGGCUACUGCUCCUGCCCUCAAAACGUCACCGCCUCCUCUGCCCUGUCUCUCCAGUUUUUGCCCCCCAAUAGCUCAACUUUUUCCUCUGGCUAAUAACAUUAAUGUAAUCCUGACCCAAGAUUGUGACACUGUUGCAAAUGCAAAGAGAGAAGUGAUGGCAAAAUCAGAGCAAGGACCCAUUCCUCCUGAUCCACCGGAAGGCAAAAAGCCUGUAAGCAAGAAGGCACCCAACCUUUUCAGAUCUUUAGCUCUGCUGGAACAAGAUCCAGAGUGGGACAAGUCAUUUGAAGUAUUUGCAGCUGGCAGGCUGCAUUCUCCGGAGGUUCUGAAGUCAAAGUGCAAAAUAGAGCAAAACACACCCUGUAGCUUUCCACCGGAACACUGCAAUAAUCAAAGAUUAUCAGACUUGAAAGGUGUUGAUCAGGACACAAAUACAAAUGAAAGGCCAGGAUUCACUUUGAAAGCCUCCAGUCAGGUGACCGUCACAGACAAACAUCACACUGAAGCAUGUGCACAGCCUCUUGAAACACUACCAGAACGGAGUACACUAAAUACUGAUCCACAAAAGUUGAAUGAUUGUGUUGAAACUGACAAAGUUAAUGUUACCACUAACUCAAAUGUUUUAACAAACACUAAUAUGCACCAAGCUCCCAGUUUGUCUGUGAUGCUCCACAGCACCUCCACAGAUCCUGGUUCUUCCGGUCUUGGCAGUUCAGUAGAGGAAGACUUCCGCUCCUGUUUCUCCUCAUAUUCAGUAUCAGAGAAACUCUCAGCAUCAUCAUCAGAUGGAGCUGAUUCACAAAACAUUGGAAAUGGCACAAUUAGCUUCUGUCCAAGAUCUCCUGAGUGUGAUCUCGAAAUAACUUUGACAUCUUCAGAAUCUCAUAAAGAUAACACUGAAAGGCCACACAGUUUGUCUGAAGGUGAUGUCGUCCAACAAGCUGUAAUUCAACCUGGGGAUGUUGAUGAAAAGAUGAAGUCACGCCCACCAGUUCUUACAGAGCAGCAGCCCUCGAUGACAGUAAGUCAGGUGGAAACUGAUGUUGAAAAUUCUCAGUCACUAAACUUUCUCCAAGAUCAGUCCUCACUUCCAGAUCUGCAGCAGUUGUUCAAAGUCUCGUUACAGUCUGAUGAUGAAAAUGAACUGACAGAUAAACGAAAGUUCAGCAAAUUCAACAUGGAUUUUUCCGAAUCAUUGGAUAAUCCUUCUGCAUCUGUAAAUUUCAGUCCAGACCUUAUAAAUCUUGCUACACUAGAUGAUGAUGUGUGUUUCCUAAGCCCGUCGCUGCACAUAAUGACAUCCUCCCCUUGUGUCAGUCCAUCUUUGUUGGACACACCCUUUGAAAACACCACUUUAGUAGAACAGGAAAGUGGCAUAAAUUAUCUUCCAACAUCUGGGCCUUUUGGUGAAUUCAGCUUAACUGAUCUCUGUGUGAGCAGUGACUCGCAGCAUUACCAAACCUGCCGGUCUCAUCAGUCCUCCAGAUUUUUCAGUGGCUCAGAGCCAACUGAGGAGCUACACUCUGCUAACUCAACACUGUGUGGUGAGUUCAACGAGAUUUGGCCAUGUCAGGGAACUGAGAAAAUAGCUGCUUCUAGUCGAGAAGGUUCCCCUAGUGCAUGCAGCCCACCUAAUGAUGGAAUGAACCACAAUGACCAGUUUAAAACUCUUUGCAGUGGUGAUACAUUGACAGGUGCUUUUGAGGAAAGCUGUACAGUAGCAGAUGACUUUGAUUCCUCAAUACUUCCUGUUGCACCAAGAUCUAAAGAAGACGAUGUAGGGCUGCAAGAGUAUAGCACAAAUUGUAAUUCAGAUACGCUUGGUGAAAUAGACGUGCGGAGUCUUGCAGACUUGCCAAGUAGUUCCUCACGGUUCACGACUCUACACCGCACGCAAUCUCAGGAAGCACUGAGGACUGCCAGUGAUGACGACCUCAUGCCGUCCUUUGUGAGUGAUCCUGGUGUGACACAAGAUUCUUCCUCAACCCAACCUGGUCCUGCCUUCCCCCUUCUUGCCUUUUUUGAGCCUUCUCUAAUUCCCAAAUGCAGCUCUCCUUCUGCGCUCUGUUUCUUACCUUCCUUUUCCAAUGCUUCGGCAAAAUCACCACCCAGCACAGCGCCAGCUCUUGGCAGUGCAAAGCCGCUGACUGAUGCAGUUUUGCCUGAGGAGAUGCAGCAGCACCAGCAGACACCCAAUCAGCAGAACAGCCCCCACCCAGUGAAGCCCCUGACCACUGCCACGUUGGCUGAGGAGAAGUGGACUGAGGGCCGGUCAGUGCUGGCCACAGGCCUGGAGAAACUCAAGUCUACCAUCACCCCUGGGAGAAGCAACCAUGUCACAGAGCAGGAAGCAGACAGGAAGAAGUCUCUGACAGAAGGAGCGGGCUUGUACUACCAUCUGACCCACAACGAACUGGUUGCCCUGCUGGUGCAGCGGGAGGCGGAGCUGGAGAAACAGAAGGCGGAGCUUGAGCGACAAGCAGCUCUGCUGGCCAAGCGGGAGGUGGAGCUGAAGAAACUGAAGCCGCAAGUUAGAGAUCUAGAGGACUACAUUGACACACUGCUGGUGCGCAUCAUGGAGCAGAAGCCCACCCUCCUGCAAGUGCGCUCCAAGUUCAAAUGACCAAGGGCUUAAAAGAGUUCAGAGUCCAGUCCGUAUCUGUUCACUCGACCCUCCACAGCAGCUCUCUAGUCUUUUCCCUGCUAUGCUGUGCUUUUUGAUACAAACAUUUAGGCACUGAGAUGUUGAAGCGGUCUUUUCCUGCCGGCAUGCUGUACUGUACUGAGACGAGUCCUCGCAGCCGAGGGGUUUGGAUCUUGCAGGUUUGAAUGUAGCAGGUUCUCAGGUUGUUUUCAGGUCACGCAGCCUGUUGGUUUGAAGCUCACGAAGAAAUGAGCCAAGUGGGUUUGACACCCAGAUACUUCCAUUUUGGGAUCCUGGUUGUAGAAACAUUGCUUCAGCUGUCGCUAUGAUCACCUUAUUACAAAAGAGAGAAACUGUAGUAUUUCAGUCCAUAAUUCCUGAUGUCCGAACAGUGGAUUUUUAAAUAUGCACACCUCUCCAAAAAUGUCACACUUCCUGCAUGGAGAGAAGAUCUAAAAACUUGAAGGUCAUCCCUGAUGGUUAUUUAUUUUAUGUUUUA